GGAGAGAGGGGGCUGCCCUGUCCGGAGGCUCCGCCCAGCACGACCCGCCCCCGGCCCGCCCCCGGCCCUGAGCAGUCUGGACGAGUGGUGCCCACAAGACGCCCUGGAGCUCGAGGAGAGGAGCUGCUGUGUGUGACCGUGGGCUGGAGGGCCACCUCGCGCCCCGCCCGGCCUGCACACCUGCCCGUGUUCGGUGGCCUGAUCCCCCCACACCCGCCAGCAGGGACGCCGCUCUGCGAGGCUUCCCGCUUGCCGUCCCACCGGCCCUUCCAGUUUCUCCCGCGUCGGACGUCGGAGCCCCGCGCUGCGGUCCCUCCUCUGCAGGGCCCCAUGCACUCGGCGGCCCGCGGCCCGACGCCCCGGGAGCAUGGAGCCCUUUCUCAGGAAGCGGCUGACCUUCCUGUCCUUCUUCUGGGACAAGAUCUGGCCGGCGGGCGCGCCGGACGACAGCAUGCCGCGGUUCCCCGACGCGGGCACCGACGCCGAGCCGGAGCCCCCCGCCGCGGAGCCCCGCAGCCCCCCGGCGCGCGCGCAGCUCUUCAGGGCGCUGUACGACUUCACGGCGCGGUGCGCGGCCGAGCUGAGCGUCCGCCGCGGGGACCGGCUCUACGCGCUCAAGGAGGACGGCCACUACAUCUUCGCGCGCAGGCUCUCGGGCCCACCCAGCGCCGGGCUGGUGCCCGUCGCCUACGUGGCCAAGGCCACCCCUGAGACGCUCUCAGACCAACCCUGGUACUUCAGUGGCAUCAGCCGAACCGAGGCCCAGCAGCUGCUCCUGUCCCCGGCCAACGCACCAGGGGCCUUCCUGGUUCGGCCCAGCGAGAGCAGCCACGGGGACUACUCGCUGUCAGUCAGGGCUCAGGCCAAAGUCCGCCACUACCGCAUCUCGACGGCAGCUGACGGCGGCCUCUACCUGCAGAAGGGCCGGCUUUUCUCCAGCCUGGAGGAGCUGCUCACCUACUACAAGGCCAACUGGAAGCUGAUCCAGAACCCGCUGCUGCAGCCCUGCGUGCCCCAGCAGCCCCCCAGGCAGGACGAGUGGGAGCGGCCGCACUCCGAGUUCACCCUGAGGAGGAGGCUGGGCGAGGGCUACUUCGGGGAAGUGUGGGAAGGUGUGUGGCGUGGCUCCGUGCCAGUGGCGGUCAAGGUCAUCAGAUCAGCCGACAUGAAGCUCGCUGACCUCGCCAAGGAGAUCCAGACGCUCAAGAGCCUGAGGCACGAGCGCCUCAUCCGGCUGCACGCCGUGUGCUCCACUGGCGAGCCUGUGUACAUCGUCACCGAGCUCAUGCGCAAGGGCAACCUGCAGGCCUUCCUGGGCAGUCCCGAGGGCCAGGCCCUGAGCCCGCCUCUGCUCCUGAGCUGUGCCCGCCAGGUGGCCGAGGGCAUGAGCUACCUGGAGGAACGGCGCAUCGUGCACCGGGACCUGGCCGCCAGAAACGUGCUCGUGGGCGAUGACCUGGCCUGCAAGGUGGCCGACUUUGGCCUGGCCCGGCUGCUCAAGGACGACAUCUACUCCCCGAGCAGCGGCUCCAAGAUCCCUGUCAAGUGGACGGCGCCCGAGGCGGCCAACUAUCGCAUCUUCUCCCAGAAGUCGGACGUCUGGUCCUUCGGGGUCCUGCUCUAUGAGGUCUUCUCCUAUGGCCAGUGUCCCUAUGAAGGAAUGAGCAACCACGAGACGCUGCAGCAGAUCAUGCGAGGGUACCGCCUGCCGCGCCCAGCAGCUUGCCCGGCUGAGGUCUACUUGCUCAUGCUGGAGUGCUGGCAGGACAGCCCCGAGGAGCGGCCGGCCUUCGCCGUGCUGCAGGAGAAGCUGGGUGCCAUCUGCAGUUGCCUCCACCCUGCCCUCAUGUGACCACCCAGGCUGCUGAGGCUGCGGCCGGGCCCCUCGCUCCCGUUGGGCGUACCCCUGCAUGGUGGUUGCCGUCAACAUGUACGGGGGUGCCAGACCGCCUGGAACCAUUGCCAGCCUGUGGAGCCUCUGGCUGUGGCCUCACGCCCUGACACAAACACUGACAUGCACAUGUAUGUGCACAGGAGGCAGACACACAGACACCCACUCAGACUGGGGACAGGCUCAUGUCCUCUGUGCAGUGUGACCAUUGUCCCUGGUGAGGGACAACUUCAGUAUAGAAGGCCAAGUGGAGCCCAAAUUUUCCUUGGCCUCAGGGAGAUGCUGGCGGGAGAAGCCCUGGGCCUGGGCCGAGGCCCCUCCACGCGUGCCUGCUGCCCUGUGCCCCCUUGACCCCUCCCAGGGUUAAGAACGAGGGGCAGGGCUUCCCAGUUUUCUCCAGAGUCCUGCCAUGGCCUUGUUGCAGCAGUGGUGCUGGGCUCCCAGGCAGCCCUGGGCACUGGCCCACAUGGCACAUACUGGGCAUAUGCUGGGGCGUGGCCACCAUCUCCCACGGGCACACAGGUCCCCGUGUGCAGACCCCAGCACGUGGGAAGGCCACACUCAAUAAAUGUUAUCAACUGACUCA